CAUAGUAAUAUGAUUGACCUCACAGCACUGUACAUAAGUAACUGAGAAUGUACUGAAUGCACUCUCACUGUCAAACACUACAAGUGAGUCGAUGCCCUGUGUGUCAUUCUUCACUACUUUUGCCAAGGUAUUGGUGGAAUUGAUUACUGUGUCAUUGAAUCGAAACACAUAUUCAUUGAAAAAAAAAUGUCAGUUUCACACUGAAAACACGACGUCCCAUUGGGUACAUAGAUGAUGGUGUUAUUGACACUGGUAAGGUUCACAGUUGUCCCACAAUCCUCAGGUCCUAGCUCAGACGAGUAGAC